CCCCCCGGCCCGGUCCUCAAUCUGCAGCUGCCGGCGGAGCAGGCGAGGCUGCCGGCUGCACGCUCGGUGCCGCUUCCACCCCCACCCCCCUUCGGGAGGAGGGGCCGGGAAAAGAAGAGACAGAUGUUGAGGUCUUUCCAUUUGGCCGGAUUCUGCUUGACAGGGGUGAAGCCAUCACUGGAAGGGCAAACGGAAAGGCUGGGGGUAGAGGCGAGCUUUUGUGGACCGUGCAGAGAGAAGAAGAAGAGAGAGAAGCGGUCGCCUCUUUUCCUUGCGUUCGGGGAGCCGCAGAACAAAGCUCUUGUCACAACUGGGCUUCCUGAUUGUCGCCUCCUGCCCGCAACCCGCUGAACGUUUCCCCUGCUUCGUAUCGCCAUGCAGAAAGGGAUGAGCGAGACGCAAUGAGAGAUCCAGAUGGACUCCUAGACAGAUGUUUCCCUACAGGCUUCUUAUCUCCUUUCGUGUGGCGGCAGAAUUCAAGCGAGUCACCUUGAAAGGGCGGGGGAGAGAACUCUGGCCGGCCACGUUUAGACUGAGCAAAGCGACGUGAUCACCUGUUUUCUCCAGUCGGUCGGGCCGCGAUGGAGACUCUGUCCCAGGACACUCUGCUGGAAUGUCAGAUCUGUUUCAAUUACUACAGUCCCCGACGGAGACCCAAAUUGCUGGACUGUAAACACACCUGCUGCUCCGUUUGUCUUCAGCAGAUGAGGACCAGCCAGAAGGACCUGAGGUGCCCGUGGUGCCGCGGGAUCACUAAGCUGCCGCCCGGGUUUUCCGUCUCGCAGCUGCCCGACGACCCAGAGGUCAUUGCCGUGAUUGCCAUACCGCACACUUCAGAGCACACGCCGGUCUUCAUCAAACUUCCUAGCAAUGGGUGCUACAUGCUGCCCUUGCCAAUCUCCAAGGAGAGGUCCCUGUUGCCGGGGGACAUUGGCUGCCGCCUCUUACCGGGCACUCAGCAGAAAUCCGUCACCGUGGUGACGAUCCCGGCUGAGCAGCAGCCGUUGCAGGCUGCGAUCCCACAGGAAGCGGGAGACGAGGAACAAGACCGGAGGGGGAUGGUGAAAAGCUCCACCUGGUCGGGGGUUUGCACUGUCAUCCUGGUGGCUUGCGUCCUGGUCUUUCUCCUGGGUAUUGUCCUCCACAACAUGUCGUGCAUCUCCAAGCGUUUCACUGUGAUCUCCUGCGGCUGAAGGGAGGCUGCAGCAGCAACACUCCGGUGGGCUAAUUUUCGGGGGUUCGGGAAGGGUGGUUAUGGUGACGGCAGGCCGCCGUGAGAGGAAGCGUUUCGGACUGUUCUCGUGGGACUGUUCUCCAGUGCUGAGCGAUUGACGCCAAGCAAAGUCUAGAGUCUGCCGUAAAAAGUUGGACUGCGAGAGGGCGUUGGCGGCAACGUGGUGGCACGUUCCGUGCUUCUCCGCUGGUAACUGUGUUAAGGAAGACUGCAUGCAUCUCCAUAAUCACUUAACAAAUGAGCUGUAAUUUAUAAUGAUGUCAUCAUGUUAUGAGACUACAGAUGCCUAUUAGCUGGUUCUGCCGUACAAGCCUAGAGCGUGAUCUCUCCAACGCCCCGCCCCUCAACAGAGUAGUCAACCACAAAUCAAAAAUGCUGUAUGUUCAAGUAGAAUUAAGCAUCGGAAUCGAGAAAGCCAAAUCGACCCAGGACUUUUCUAGGCAGAGUGAAAGCUUUUUUUUUUUUUUCAUUUUUAAACAGCAUCCGGGAAAAUCGUGAAAAGUCGUCAUUUCGUUCAGUGAAGCUUCUUUUGGGCAUCUUUUAAAUUGCACAUUAAUUACAAUGGUUUUUUUAAAAUCUGUGCUGUAGUUCUAGACAGGAAAGAUUGUUUUAAGCAUUGGAAAUAAUUCAGAUGUAAUAUAUGUGUAUGUUUUCUGUGCAAUUUUGUUUUCCUCCUGUAGUUUAAGUGACUUUUUUAUUAACUGAAACGGGACCCAGGCAGAGAAGCAACAAAGGGAAAUAGGAAGGCUAUUAGAUGUUCAGCCAAAAAUUUUUAUCUGCAUAUGCCCUUGUGAAAAAUGUUACUUGAAACUGUAAAACCUGGGCGUUCCCUUUCAGGUGGAAAAAUGAGGUUCUUAGAGGGAUUUCUCAAAGACCUGAAGGGUGAUCAAAGAGGUGGUCCAGCUCAAGGCAUUGGGAUGCUCUUCUAAUCUGGAUCUGGAAGGGUUUUGUUCACGUAUGGCUGCCUGUACUUUUGAAUGUAGGUUGAAAACUGUGUUACGGAAGGAAGUGUAACUUGGGGAGAGGUCUGUAGAUCUUUGUUCAUUAUUGCAACUGUGAGAUGCUAAUGGAGGCUGUGGUGAUGAUGAAGUGUAUGCAAAAUAAAAUGGUAGCGUGGCA